AUGCUCAAACAAGGACUCACGACCAUUGCGCGCUCGAGCGUACAGGCCAGUGGCAGCAGGGCGCUGUUCACCAGCGCCGCAGCCGCCACUUCUUCGAUUUUGACCGGGUCAGCCGCUCGUCCUCCUCUCAGAUUAGCCGCUGUCGCACCCAGGGUGGCAAACAGGGCGUACCACGCGAAGGUCAUUGACCACUACGAGAACCCAAGAAAUGUUGGAUCAUUCAACAAGGCAGAUGCAGAUGUCGGCAUCGGUCUCGUCGGCGCACCAGCCUGUGGCGACGUGAUGAAGUUGAGCAUCAAGGUUGAUGAGAACGGCAUCAUCUCAGAUGUGCGCUUCAAGACCUUCGGCUGCGGCUCCGCAAUCGCAUCGUCUUCGUACAUGACUGAGCGCGUCAAGGGCAUGACUCUUGAGCAAGCUGGCGCCAUCAAGAACACCGAGAUUGCCAAGGAGCUGAGCUUGCCGCCUGUCAAGCUGCACUGCUCGAUGUUGGCGGAGGAUGCGAUCAAAAGCGCUAUCAAAAAUUACAAGUCCAAGCGGGAGGCGACGGGCAACAAGGCACCGGGGCAUAUCGACGUCACGCAGUCUGCGGCUACCAGCGAGACCUCCACCUCUGUCCACGUAGGCUCAGGCGCCGCGUGA